AUGGCAGCUUCUCAAGUACUCCUUCCUUUGGCCUUCAUUGCCUAUCUGCUCUUGCUCCUCAUCAUCUAUGUGUUUGGCCAGCAGCAACAGAUAAGCAUCAGCUCAAUUGUGAACACUUCCAUAGACUCAAAAUGGAUUUCGCCAAAUGGAGAAUUUGCAUUUGGGUUUUACAAUAUAAAACCCACGCAAUAUUUGAUUGGCGUGUGGUUUGACGAGAUAGAUAUUCCUAAAACUCUAGUUUGGAUAGCCAACAGAGACAAACCUCUUGAAGAGGGUUCUACUCUGCAGCUCAAUGUGACCGGCCUCAACGUCUUUGAUUCCCAAGGGAAGUUACAGACCAUAUUUCCUUCCCUCACAGGAGUAAAUGCUGCUGAAAUGAGAGAAAAUGGUAACUUUGUGCUGCUAGACAUAUCUAACAACACCAUCUGGCAGAGCUUCGACCAUCCUACAGAUACUCUCUUGCCUGGCCAAACACUGAAGCGUGGAUCUAAAAUCUAUUCCAGAGCUACCAAUGCAACCUAUUCAACGGGGAGAUUCGUGUUGGCGUAUCAGAAGAAUGGGGAUUUGAUCCUUUCACUGGCUGAGCGUUUGGGUGACAAUUCUAGUGAUUACUGGAGGUUAGCAAUCGGUAAUAAUUCUACUGUGGGUGCUUCUAACUUGAACAUUUCUACAAAUGGAUACCUAUGUUUUGCAGACAGUUCCUCAGAUGCAAGUAUUACUCCAUGUAGUGUUAGCGCCAGAAAGGCGAAGGAACACGCUGUUCGUAAAGUGAGCUUAGAUGCCGAUGGAAUUCUGAGAGGGUAUUUGUGGAGCAAGGGAGAUGGUGAUGGUGAUGAAGGUAAUAAUCCUACUCCUUCCUGGGUACCUGCAUGGAAGGCCUUGGACAAUCCUUGCCAAGUGAGUGGUCAGUGUGGAUUCAACAGCAUCUGUAAUGUGACCCAGGAUAUGUUGGCAUCCUGUACUUGCCCUCCAGGAUUCUCUCUGGUUGAUAAACAAUACCCAUUGAAGGGAUGCCUUCAAAAUUCUUACGAUCAGAUCUGCAGUGCCAAUGCAAGCACUGCUGUAAUGAUGGAGCUUGAAAGUGUUGAUUGGCCAGGGAAUGACUAUGCAACAAUUUUGUCUUUUAAUGAAAGUGAGUGCAAGCAGGCGUGCUUGGAUGAUUGUAUGUGCAUGGUGGCCAUCUAUGAAAUUGGAAUUUGUUGGAAGAAAGCAAACCCAUUAAGGGAUGGGCGCAUCACAUCUUCCAGUAAAGCUUUUGUCAAAGUACUAUCUAAAGUCCUCCCUCCAUCGACUGCACCGUCAGAGUAUGAAGAUCCGAGGAAGGAGUCCAGUGACACACUUAUUAUUUCCAUUGCAUUCAGCCUGGUGGGUUGCUUUUCUGCACUUAUAGUAGUCAUACUUAUAAUUUGGUUUUUUGUCUGUCUUCCCAAGCUCAGAACUCUACAAGAAAAGGGUUCAUUCUCAGAGGGACUAAAAGCAUUUACAUAUCAAGAACUAUCCUCGGCAACAAAAGGAUUUAAAGAAGAGCUGGGAAGAGGUGCCUUCGGAAUGGUGUAUAAAGGGAAACUGUUGGACGGAAGAAUGAUUGCUGUUAAAAAGCUUGAGAAGCCUAUGAAUCAAGACAGCCGUGGGGAUGGAGGAGCAGGUGAAAAGGAGUUUAGAGCAGAGAUGAAUAGCAUUGGAGCAACCCAUCAUAAAAAUCUCGUUCAGCUGUAUGGUUUCUGUGAGGAGAGCUCCCACAGGCUUUUGGUGUACGAAUACAUGAGCAAUGGGUCUCUAGAUCAGGUUCUCUUCAAAAGUGGCAUCUAUCUUGACUGGAAUUUUCGCGUUCAGAUCGCUCUUGGAAUUGCAAGAGGACUUCUUUAUUUGCACGAAGAGUGCAUGAAUCAAAUACUCCACUGUGACAUCAAGCCUCAAAACAUACUUCUGGACGAAAAUCUCAAUGCAAAAAUAUCUGACUUUGGCAUGGCUAAAUUGAUCAGGGCGGAACAGACGCGCACAUUUACUCAGACGCGGGGUACCAUUGGUUACAUAGCUCCCGAGUGGCACAAGAAUGUGGCAAUCACUGUAAAAGUAGACAUUUAUAGCUUUGGAGUGAUGCUGCUAGAAAUUAUUUGUUGCAGGAAAACGCUGGAUCUGGAUGCCCAGGAUAAUGAAAUGGUUUUGUCUGAUUGGGCUUAUGACUGUUUGAAACGAGGAAGGCUGAGAAAGUUAGUCAUGGAGCAGCUGUCCAAAGAGGAGUUGAGUGAGUUGGAAAGAAUGGUGUUGGUGGGACUGUGGUGCAGUCAACAAGAUCCCUGUUUUCGACCAUCGACCAAAGCAGUUGUUCAGAUGCUGGAAGGAACAAUUGAGAUUGCAGUGCCGCCUCUCCCUACUCCGCCACCUUCUCCUUCAACUGCUGCAAGUCACGGCUCUACUUCAACAGACCAUAUUUCUUUUAUCAGAUAG